CUGCAUAUUCAUUUAUUCAUUUCUGCCUUUCUAAUUUUUCUCGCCAUUUUUCUUCCUCCUGCUGCCCAGAGAGAACGGUUUCCAAGGGUUCCCCGAGUUACGUACUCGUGGCAAAGCGCUUCCCUGCAAAUGGCAGAAUUGAAUGCUCAACUCGAAAUCAUCGCACGUCGGAGUACUGUGUGGGCGCAUCAGGAUGACUUAGUCGAUAAUCUACCCUUUCGCUUGCCCAAUACAUGCAACCGUUAUUUUUCUUCUUGUCUCAACGCCUCAUAAGAGCCCCAGCCUUCCCCUCAUCCGUUACCUAGCCUUCCCUCUCCCUCCCCCCUCGCCAUGCUCCAUAUCCACCCACAUGCUGUGCAGCGUCCGACUCAUUCUCGUCUCCACGUCAGGGACAUGAACGACGCCCAUGUCGUUCUAGAAGCAGUGCGCAUGCACAAGCUUCAGCCAGUUACACGCCGCCUAAACGAAGUUGAGAGAAUGUCCUACAUACGAUCAGGCUCGGUUUUCGUCUGGGAGGAGAGCGAUGAUGAUACUGGUCUACGUCGGUGGACGGAUGGACUACUUUGGUCCGCCUCUCGCAUGCGUGAGGUAUGUUCUUCACCUUCAUCCAUGUCAAUUGAUCAGCACAAUAGCAUCUUCAUUUGUUCCUUCCAUAGCCUUUCCUGUUUUAUGAAACAAGAACCGUCAACCCUCGUUAUCCUUCAUCAAACCUCCCAGGGCUCGUGAAGCAAACGUAUUCUGCGAUAGUCUCCCUCCCGCCCUCUGAUGUGCCUCCCGGAAUGGCACCUAUCCGAAAAUGGCAUCUGACUGCGUAUUUCGAACACGACGAUCUUCCUUCGUUGCUUACGGUAGACACCGAUCAAGAACUCUGCAACAUCACCGUUCCCCCUGGCAUCUUUCGCAGUGGCAAGAGUCGGACCCGUCAGCAGCCGAGCAGCCAGGAGAGCAACGGCGGCUUGCGAUGGAUAAACGUUGAUGGAAGCACCGGGUUAGUUACCAGCAGUACCACGAGUGGCACUGGGCGGCAAUCCCUGGACAUCAGCCCUGACAUGUCAAAAGCACCUUCACCAUCACAUUCCCCAAUUUUCCACAGUUCUUCUCAUACCUCGCCGCGGGGGUCUACAC